AUGGCUGUGCGAAAGAUUGAAAUCCAAGAACAUGAAGCUGAGAUUGAAGCCAUGAAUUCAUGUGAUCUAAUUAAGAAUAGCCAUUUUGGACAAAUAAUUUAUUGGUCACGUGAGAAUGAACAAGCUGACGGUACAAUAAGAGGAUUGGACAUGAAACCUGGAGUUGUGAUGCAUUUAACGAAAGAAAUUGCAAUGAACUGA